UAUUUUCCAAAAUCACUUUCAAAAUUAAAAACAAAUGAUAAUUUUAUUAUAUACUCCAUAUCUUUACUUUUUUUGUUAAUAUGCUUCAAAAAAGUUUCUUACUACUACUUCUCAUCAUAAUUCUUUAUUUCCACUCUCUCUCUCUAAAAUGGAAGAACAAUCAACAGCGAUAACAACGGGUGAAAGUUCAUCUUCAAUUAGAAUCGGAAAUGGAAGAUCCAAACACCCCUCUAAUUUCAUUGGUAGACAUCGUUUACAAGCUGAAAUCACUCAUCUACAACACCAAAUCGAAUUCAUCGAGGAAUUGGAUGAACUUGAAUCCAUUGGUGGACCUUCUACUGUUUGUGAUGAGAUAAUUACAGGAGUUGAAACUAUUGCAGACCCUCUUCUUCCAAUGACAAGAGGCCCAGUGGAUGUAAACUGGGAAAGGUGGUUUCGGGGAGGCGGCAGUUCAAGAAGUAACAGGCGUUGGAUUUGAUUUUAUCUGAAAAAAGAAAAAUUCUAACAAUUAUUAUCAUUGUUUUUUGUUAUUGUUUUCUUUUCAAUUCUUAUUUUGUUUUUAAAUUUUUAAAAAAAUUUUAGUAUAAAAUCUUAAUAGGGACGACGCACGGAUAAAAUUAUAUGGAUUGUGCACCGUAUCUGCUUCUUUUAGCUGUACCCGUAUAGGUAUGGAUUUGAUGAGUAAUGAAUGGAUUUAAGUUUGAAAAGUCUUGCCCGCCAUGGGUACUGGGUAUGAGGUCUUACUUGCCUCUUAUCCAUUUGUCCCUCUUAUAUUCACACGCUUCAUAUCUACUUAAAUUUUUUUUUUAAUUACAUUGUACGGUAUAUAAAAUUAUACAAUUAAAUUUGUAAGAAAUUGUAAUUGUGUAUUCCUAUGGAGUUUUAAAUUUAUAAAAAAUUGUAUUUUAAAAAGAUGAAUUAGAGUUGGAAGUGCUUAAUUAUAUGCUUAUUCAUCAUCAUCUUUUGUAAGGGAAUAAAGGGUAAUAAGCAAACGAGA